AUCUUGGAAUUUUUUUUCUUAAAAAUCCUUCUUAAAUACUUUAAAAAUUUUAUCUGUUAUUUUUUUUUAAAAAAAAAAAAUGUAUCAACCGAUUAUUUUAGGAUCUAUUCUAUUAGUAACACUUUACAUUCUAAAGCGUAUGCGUAGUCCAAAGCUGAAUAUGCCACCACUCGUUCGUUAUAAAUAUCCAAUUAUUGGACAUACUUAUGAUUUUUUGACCAACGGUGAAGAAUUCUUUAAACAAUGUAGAAAAGAGUACGGUGAUAUUUUCAGUUUAUAUGUUUGGGGUGAAGUGAGAACAUUUAUUGGAAAAGAACAUUUUCAAGAAGUAUUAUCUAGAGAUGAUUCAUUUGUUUUUGGAAAACAAGUCGAUAUAGAUUCAAUUUUUAAACAUAACAUUAAAUUUACAAAUCGGCCAAAAGAAGAAUCACAAUAUGAAGAAGUUAUAGUUACAUUCUCAGAACUUACGAUCGAUACAACAAAACUUUUGAGAAUUCCACCAAUACUUAAUUUUAUCUAUCCGGGACUCCAAGCUUUUAUUAAUAAUAGUAUAUUAAGCUUAGGAAUCUAUAAUCCAGCAAUUAAUCAUCAAAAGGUACUUAUUAAACACCUUAAAAAUCAAUUUUGUAAACGGUUACAAGAGAAAGUAAAAUAUGGAGAUUCAUGGAAACGUCCUGAUGAUUUCAUUCAAAAUAUUAUGGAAGAAGAAAGUUUUGAUCCUAAUAAUAUUAAUUAUGAAGAAAUAGCAGACAAAUUAUGUUUGCUCAUUGUCGUAUCGGUCCAUACGACAGCAAAUAGUUGUACACAUGCUAUUAUGAAUUUAGCAUCUCGACCUGAAUAUAUGCAAGAAUUAUAUGAAGAACAAUUAGAAGUUCAAAAAGAAGCAGAUGAAAAUGGUAUACUUCCAUUUGAAGCACUUAAUAAUAUGAAAAAAUUAGAUAGUUUCAUUAAAGAAUCUUUUAGAUUAUCUGAACAUGUAGCAACACUUCCCCAUGUUACAUCAAAAGAUUAUACAUUUUCUAAUGAAUUACAAGUACCCAAAGAUCAUUCAAUUUAUCUUUAUGUUGAUGAUAUUUACCUAGAUGAAUCAUUACAAGGUCCAAAUCCACAAUCAUUUGAACCAUUCAGACAUUUAAAUACGAACGCUUCGGCAUCAAAAGUUAGCAAAAACUAUGUCGUAUUUGGAGGUGGUAAACACGCAUGUCCUGGAAGACAACUUGCUGUAAACGAAAUUAAAUUCUUACAUAAUAUUAUACUAAAAUAUAAUUUACGAACCGAAAGUGGUAAAAUUGAGGGACCAAAAAUGAUUGGUACAAUAAAACUUCCAAGCAAUGCUGGAAUUAUUUUUGAAAAGAGAAAAUAA